GCACAAGCAACUACUUGGUCUCUCGGAUUCAUUCCUGUUCGCCAAUGACUCUGGUUGAUGGGAGACUAUAGUGUCAACAGAUGGUAUUUGCGAACAUACACAUACAGGGAUAUUGUCCUGCAAGAGCCCCAAGCAUUUAAGCGUCGCAACGCCAGGGUGACACUUGCGGGGAUAAAGAGGACAGAUUCCAAGCUAAGCCAACGCAAGCUAUCAACCGCGAGAGUGUUCCACUUAUCGUCCCAAGCAUGAGGCAUUGAUACGAUAUCGCCUCCCACGCGUCGUCACGGCAUCUUCUAAUAUGGAGAGCUCUAAACCGGGGAGCACUUCCCUUCCUGGAGAGGGCGAGGUGUCUUCGAGUGUAUCAUUGCGAAUUCUUUCGCCAUCAUUCGAGUCCAACCGAGGCCUGUCAUUAGAUAAUCUUGCGCUCUCUACCACGAUUCGAGAUGUGAAGAAGCGACUCACUCCUCUUGUCCCUGGUAAUCCAACGCCAGAUCAGCAGCGCCUUAUUCAUCGUGGAAAACCAUUGUUGGAUCCCAAUGCUACCUUGAAAGACUUUUUAGGACCUCCCUUUGACAUUGCUCAUACUCUCCACCUGGUCCUACCUCCAGGACCUGAAGCUUCGAGCAACUUUAAUACAAAUGCUGAUGGUACCCUACGAUAUAGAAAUAUAUCUAGUCAUGUUUCAAGCCGCGCUACGUCUAAUUCACCCGAUCCCAGCACUCAUACUCCGGGAUCGACUGGCAUAAGUCCCGAGCCUACCUCUUUGUCAACUGGAGCUCAAGUUCAAGGUCGGAUACCAAACCAUCAACCACAGCCAGGAAUAAACAUCAGUAUAAAUCCACCAUUAGAUGCUGGUCAGCGUCCUCGUGAUUUGCGCUCUACUCUCGAGCACAUCGAACAGACUCGUCGUCAGGCAGAUGGCCUAAACCAGGCAGUGGAUAGAGCUCGCACUCUACUUAACGCCCAUGCCGUACGUAUGCGGAUCCAGAAUGUGAACACACAAUGGGUCAAUAACACCAAUCAGCCCGGGCAACAACCUAGACCAAGUCCAACACCCACUGUGAACUUGCCAGGAUCAACUUCUACCCUGCCCAACCCACAUCAACUCUGGAGCAACGGAGCUGCCCAGAAUUUGCUAAUCGCUCGAAUUGCAUCCCAGAUUAUCAGCCUUGAAUUGGAAAUACAACGAGGCAAUGCACCUGCUAUUGAUAACAUCGUUAGAAUUCGAGGUCAGCUAUAUGCCAUGCUUGACGCCCGCUAUCGUCAACCCAAUCUAGCAAUCAGCAGCGAAGUUGAGGGAUUACUAUUACGCUUACAGAAUAUCUAUACUCGAGCAUAUCAAAUCCGUCAAAUGGAACACCUUCGCCAGGUUCCUCCAGUUGCUAGUUAUGCCGGAGGUGCAGUUCAGAUUGUCCAGUCUUCAGGGCAUUAUUUAGCCACAGGACCUUCUGGAGAACAGAUGAUCUUGACACCAUCAGGAACACCGCAACCACAAAUAUCCAAUAUUCCAUUCCAGAACACACAACCUAGUGCCAAUGACCCAGCUGGCGGUGCUGUACCAAACGCUGAAAUGCAGAAUAUUGUUCGACAAGCUAUAUUAAAUCAACCCGAAGCACGAGGUGGAGGCAAUGGCAAUGACAAUUUCGCACAAAACGUCCGCCGGUUCUGGCUAUUCCUACGUCUUUAUUUUUUCUGUUAUCUUUUCACCAAUUCUGGAACAUGGGAACGAUUUUUCUUCGUCGGCAUGGCAGCAUUCAUUGCGUUCUUCUCUGAAUCUACAAUCACGCGUCGAUUUUUUGAAAUGGUCGUCGAACCUGUCCAGCGCCAUCUCGAGGGUCUCAUACACGGACAACCACCGGCGCCAUCUCCGCAACAAAGAGGUGAUAAUAACAGUCAGCCCGAGCAGCCUCGCAUACCCGCAGGCGGCGCGGAACAUGGAUGGCGUCGUAUUGAACGUGCCAUCGCCUUGUUCCUCGCCAGUCUUAUUCCCGGUGUAGGUGAGAGACAGGUCGAAGUACGCAAUGCCGCUGAAGAAGCAGCUCGGAAUGCCGAACAGCAAGCGCGUGAGGAGGAAGAACGCGCGCGUAAUGAGGCUCAAAAUGCUGAAAAUCCUAAUUCCAAUGGACUAUCUGAACCAUCUACGACGGAACGUUCUAGCAAUGUCGAUCAAAAUGAACAGCAGCAGCAUGCAUAGAUCAUCAGUAUCUAUGAAAAGAAAAAGACUACAAUAGCCCCAUUUCAUUAUCCUCGCACGACAGCCUUGUUUCAUUUUUCUCUUCCCACAAAACCUGCCUUGUGAGCAUGAAGAAUCAUAUAUUUUGCAUUGCACAUGUACAUCUACCACAUCUACCAACUUCCCUUCCGAGCGUUCAGGCAUGAGUUUCUUUUCAU